CAACAUAUUUUCGCUUGACGCUACUUAUUCGUUCUUUUGUUAUUUGAUCGUAAUGUCUUCCCGGGUAUUACGUAAACUGAAGAAAGAUUCUGAAAAUUCGCUUGAUGACAAUAAUAAUUUUAGUGAUAAUGACGAUCCCAUCACCGGAGGUUCUGUUUUCUCCGAAUUCAGUAAUUGUUUUCCCUCACAGUUGAUAACUAUUCCUUCCUCUGAUGACAAUCCUCAGGAUCAUUGUGAAUCUUUUAAAUCCAAAAAGCGGAGAAAGAAAAAAAAUAAGCAAAAGGACAAAACUGGAAUAACCUACCAAUUAGGUAAUAUAAAACUUCCAAAUGACCCAGGGAUUGCUGAUCAAAAUAAACAAGUGAUAGAUUUGCUAAAAGUAAAUAUCAAGAUGCUAGAUCAUGUUGGAGAACUUAGUCGUUUGUUUGGGUCAGAAGUUAUCGGUGGGUCCGAAACAUAUUUACGAAGAAAACGAAGUCGCGUCAAACGUGGUAUGCUUGUAUCGAUAAAGUCCACUUGGCCACCUACUGUUCGAAUUGGCUUGAGUAUGGAACCUUUGGGUUGUGGUUCAUAUACUUUCGUACACAGUAAAGAAUAUCAAAAUAUCCAGAGGUCAUUUUACAAUGCUUUAGAAUCCAUGAAUCCAAAUAAUUUGAGUAGUAUAUUAUAUGAAAAUCCUUAUCACAUAGAUUCUUUACUACAGUUGAGCGAAAUAAUGAUGCACCAGGAAGAUACGACUGUAGGUACUGAUCUUCUGGAACGCGCACUCCAUGCUUUUCAAUCAGCUUUCCAUCCAUCCUUUAAUCCAUUCAACGGUUCUUGUCGUCUAGACUUUAAGCGUCAAGUCAAUCGUGGUUUGUUUGUAGCACUUUUCCGCUAUAUCUUGAAAAUUAGUGAACGGGGCUGUCAUCGAAGUGCACUGGAAUAUUGCAAAUUAUUGUUAAGUCUUGAUUAUGAAGAUGAUCCUUUGACAGUCCUACUCAUGAUAGAUCGUUAUGCUAUUUACUCCAGGCAAUAUAGUUUCCUAAUUGAUUUAUAUGAUAGCCUAAAUGGUUCGCGCAACUUGUACUUGCUUCCCAAUUUUGGUUUAUCUAUACCAUUGGCUCGUAAGUUGAUUGGUGAAGAUCCAGAGAAAUGUGAUAAAAACAAGAUGAGUGUGGAUGAAUCUUUGCAAGAUGCUUUAGUCAUGUUUCCCGGAUUUGUGUCGCGCUUACUUAAACAUACAAGUAUCGGGGGUAUUACAAAUCUUGAAAAAUCUAUCCUUUUUGGAAGAGAAGUUCUAUUGAGUGAAUCAGAUAGUCUUGGUUGUUUACUAAGUCUAUAUGUCGCUCGCAUGCAUCCUCUUUGGUCCUCACCCAACGUCCUUCCGUGGCUGGAAAAAAAUAUUGCGACUGUUUUAAAUUUGGUUGAACCUAAACAAUUGCAUCUUUCUGAGUCUAACACUAUUGAUCCACGUCUUUCUGAAUAUUCCAAAAGACGAAAAACUCUUUAUCCUGUUUUCCCACCGAAGAUUUUGAGGCACCUGAUUUUGUCCGAAGUUUCUGAAGCUCCACCCAUUUUACCCCGAAAUUUAACAAGUUCACCUAUCUAUACAUUUGAUCCUCUUCCACCCAGAAGUUCUAUCAAUAUUUACGAUCCAGAGGAAGAAAGACGUCGCGUUCGUGAAACUAUGGCUGGAAGUGGAUUUCUCAACGGUCUUCUAUCAUCAUUCUUACCCUCAAGCUCUAUAAAUGCUGAAUUGGCUCUUCGUGGUCCUUCUGGUACACCAACAGUCAAUGAAACUGCUUCUGGUAGUAUUGGUGGAAUCGUACGUUCAGCAGCGGAAACGUUCUCUGCUACUCUUAGACAAGUGUUAGAUAUGAUUGAUAUUCGUACAGUUGGCUUGGAGUACGAAGAUAAUAAUCAUAAUAAUUCUUCUGAUGAAGCUCCUUAAAGCUUUGUUAUUGUUUAUUUCCCAGGAAAUGCAAACACUGUCUUUUUCACUAGCAAGGUUGGGCCUGAUAGUUUCAAAUAAGUUGAGCGUUGGGUAGAAAGUUAAUGAUAAAUAAAUAUUUAGUCUGAAGAAUUAGCCUGCAUUAAGUCACGGAACGUCAGAAAUACAAUUUUGUCACUUAUUGGGAUAUAACAAAAAGUAUAUUUAUCACUGUUUUUUUUCCUUAAAAAAUAAUCAUGUGUUCAUUCAGGUUAAUGUAUCGCUGUGUUAUGAGGUAUAUAUGUAUAUGAAGUAAAAUAAAUGUUGGAAUUGUUAUUGUGUGGUCUUAAUUGUGUAAGUUAUUUUGACACAUUUUAUAUCAUGGAAACGAACAUAUGAAACACCGUUAUUAAAAAACAAUUGUAUUGACGUUCUCGACAAACUAUGAAAUAUUGAUGAAUUUUUUAUACUUUGGGCUACUAUUCCCGAAUUUUCCAAUAUAAAUAGUAGCUAAUAAUUACUUAGUUUUAUCUACUAGCAGUCUACAUUGUGUAAAUACAUUCACCUCAGGAUAACUCGUUCAUCAAAAUAAUAAACUAGUUGUCUGUUAGGUCAUGUAUUGACCCUGGGAUUGUUGAAAUCUUUGUACAACUAAUCAUAUUGUAGUGUGUGCUACUGAUGUCGAUAAAUAUAAGUAGUAUGUGUCAUCACUCGAAAGUGAAAUACCUGGCUGCAAAAGGUUAAGAAGAUCGAAGAAAAGGAGACGAGAACAGAAAAUGAUUGGUAUGGAAACGAAAGGAAAUGAAGUCGGAGACGAUUGUUUGAUAUUUUGCAAAUGAAGUAUUUGCUGUAUGGUCCUCAGAUUUUACUAAGAAAUUCUGUGAUUUUUUAUUCAAAUACAUUCGAUUGUCCCUAUUAUGUGCUUGUUCAUUAAAAUAGUAUAGCUUAUCUUUUAUUUAGUUUCUAUGUAAUAACAUUUACUGAAAUCUGUAGUCCUAGUAUGAGACUUGGCAUAUUAAAUUCUUCUAGUCCAAUAAAACCAUUAAACCUUUAUUGAAUCUCUCAGUUUUCAAUCACUUUUUUAAAACUCCAAACUAUUGUUAAUAUGGACAUUCAAGAAUUCAAAGAUGGAUAUAUGCACGAAUCUGAGUUCAAAUAUCCCGAAAUAGUAUGAAGACGUCGUAAUACUAAAUUUAGUAUAGUUUUGAUUAUUGAUUACGAGUACAUUUUUGCUCUAUCCAUGCCUUGAAACACAAAUUAAAGUUUCUUUGAAAUGAAAGUAACAGCUCAUUUUAUCGGUCAUGAGACCACGUGUGACAAGUAAGGAUUCUCGAAGGAGUUCAUCGCAGUUACGUCUCGUCAAUUAUCAAAAGUCUUUUGAAGUAGCCUUCUGAGCUAACUCACGUGGCUACACGUAUACAGCCUCUGCCAGGGUAGUCCUACUCACUGUCUUCUCGUUAUGGGUGUCGUUUACGAGAUCGAGAACGAAAAGCGGAUGUCUGGCGCCUCAAGUGGGUUGGUAGAUCCAGAGGGAGUUGGAAAACCCUGAUUCCAAACCAGUGGUGCACAGGGGCUCCAGGGUCCUGAGGAUCUAAUGACGUAUGGACCAAUUAUCAACCACCGGCUACCAUGGGACUGCAUCACCUAAUGUUGCUUCACUGCCUUGUGGAUUAGACCUUUUGUUCUAAGGCUUCGGGAGUGUCCCCCCUGUGAAAACCACCUGCCUCGGUUUGCGCGCCCGGGCAGUAUUCCAGCCCCUACACAAAUUGGAUGAUUUGUGUAGCAAAUCUUUUUGGUGCCUCCUUGUACCAAUGUUUAUGUGUUUAAAUUAAUGAAUUAACAAGAUUACAUGUUGUACCCUCAAGGUAGAUGCAUUAUAAAUAAAAAGAAAUAAACGUCCUUCGUUUAUUAUAAGAAAUCCCAAAUUAUCACAAAUCACAUCGCGACAGACAAUAUUAUUUUACUGAUCUGAACAGGUUGAAUGUAUGGAGUAUUUUCGGAAUUUAAAAUAGUUAUUUUGGGCAGUUUUUAAAAUCAACACAUAAGUGUACUGUUACACGAAAAAAAUCUUGGUUUAUGGGACUCAUCCUAAAAUGUAGUGAAAUAUCAUGUCUGUUAAUUUGAUUUUUGUCUCAUACCUGAAAUAAACCCUUUUUCUAUAGGAUAUUGUCUAGGUAAAUCAUGAUUUAAACUUUUUUGUAAUCGAGUUACGUGAUUACCUAAUGAUAACAUUAUCAAGAAAGGACAGAUUUCAUAUUUUAUUGACACUACUGUAACUGACCUCAAGAACUACCAAAUAAAUCUGUAGAGUUGAUAGUUGUUCGUUGCUUUUUAUAGUUCAUUGUCCUUAUAAAAAUAUAAGUAAUGUGCCAUAUCUAGAUUGAGUAAUAAGCAGUAAAUAUGCUUAUAAAGAGUAGUUGAUUUUUGAAAUAUUUUGUUUACAAGCAAACAACACUUGAAGUUUGUAGAAGAACCAUUGUGUAUCAAACAAUUUUCCAUAAUAUUCGUGUUUCAUAUAACGACCAAAGAACGAAACGAACGUCAAGCCGUUGAUGUCUAUUAGUGUGAGCUGUAGUUAAUUUCACUGUUUUUGUACGGAUAAAGUUUUCUUAAAGCUUGUAAUAUACCUGGAAAUCUCAAUCAUUUUUUACUUUUACAUAUUAUAUAUUGUUUUUAUUAAAAUUUACUGCAAAUCAAGUAUUAAUGUAUCACUAUUAUAUCCUGAUUGUCUUCCAACGAACCUGAAAUAAUAAGUACUACUGUCAUCACAAGUAUUAAGCAUUUGUGAAGACAGUUUGCUUAGCGAAACGAAAUCGAAAAGCAUUUAUGUAUACUUGUGGAUAAAAUCGAUUUGAGAAUUAUUAUCAGAGACUUCGAUACAGUGUAAAUAGAAAGAAUUAUUAAGGUUCAAAUUAGUAAAUUCUGUUAAUAUACAGUAUAGAUCAACAGAAGGUAUAAAGUGAAAAACAAUGAGGUUUGCAAGAUGAUUCAACAUCAAUAAGAUAAGUUAAAUCUGGAAUAUACAUGAAAGGCGUUCAAUCAUUAACUAAUCUGGGAAUUAAUUAAUAAAAUGAGAUGUGAGAUUACUUUUUGUUUGAGAAAUCCGAAAAUAUCCUUCGUCGAAGACUCUAGCGGCUCGGAAAUUCCAGGAAGCGUGUUGUUCAAUCAACGCUGAAUUGAAUCAAUUGUUAAGGUUUUCGUUGGGUACACAAACUAAGCUUGGAGUAAAGCAUUUAAUCAAUAUUUAUGCCUUCUCUCUACUGUCUCAGUUGACGUGUAGGAGUAGUUAAUGUUAUACGAACUGGCUUGGAAGACAGUUUAAGCAUAUUGGUAGUAAGGAUUAUGACGUUUAUCGUUGCCGCCAUCGCUUUUAUCUUUAAAUAAUACUGAACUGCCAUUAGGUCACAAACAAAGCUAUUAAAUUCUUACAUCACGUGAUCUCGAGUACUGAUUUGAAGGUGGUAAUAAGUCAGCUGUUUAAGUAAAAUUUUAAAAAAUGUUGAAAACUCUUAAGGUUUGUGGGUACUGAUGUACAAUUUGUCGUACUUUUGUUUAUACAAAGACAGAUCUUAAGACUGUUUAUAGUUUCCAUUGUUCAAUUUAUUAAUAAUCGAUAUAUUUCUUAUCAAGAUUAUUAAAUCCUGAACACUGGGUCUGUACUACAUUAUCCAACCUGUAGUUCCAUUUUAUGAGAUAUUUUAUUAUUCCAACUAAAAAUGAAAUUAGCAUACAUCAUGUGAUCACUUGCAAUAAUAAAAGUUGUCUAGCUUGACUGAUAUAUGAAAGUCUCAUUUCAUUAAUUACAAGCUUCAUGCGAUGCUAAAAGCAUGUAAAUAAAUAAACCAGACGAAUGUUAACUGCAUUAGUUAUAUCAUGUUUAUAAAUAAUAAUGCCCCAGAUUGGAUUUUUAAAUUCAUCUUUUUGUGUUGUUUUUAAAAUUGAUGACUGUACAAUCCACUCUAAACAAUAUUUUUUCGAAUGGGAACGGCGAUUAUUUCGAUACUUCCCAUGUAACAAUUACUUUGAAGAAUGCUUGAUCUUUUGCGCCAUACAAAGUACAUUCUAAAAUGUUUCCUAUGAGAAAUAAACUAUUCUUUUCUCUGUAACAUUUUUUAUUUCUCAUAUGAGUUCGUAAUAAUUUCUUCACAUUCAUGUUUGUGAAAAAGUGGGUCGGUUAUAUACCAUUUACUAAAAAUUAUACGACUUAUUUUGAGACAUGAUAAACUAGUUGCUAGAAGUUCACGUAGCGUUAUCUAUGAGAUUUUUCUUGAAACACCCACAUGUUUUCAUUCCAAUUGAGGUUUCAACUAUAUCUAUAGCCAAAUAAAUUUCCGAAAAUUAAAAUUAACUAAUUAGAAAAUAUGUAUCCACAGAACUAGCGUUUAGAAUUAAUUGAACGCGUGGUACGAAAAUAACAUAACUUCCUAUCAUUACUUAAAAUCUAUCAUUAUUAAUAUAUUGAACAAUCCAUUUGUUCGAAUAAUUGUGGUAUGAAACACUGUGAGCUGGAUGUCAAUGCAUAACUACUAUCUAUAAAAACAUUGUUUGCACAGCAUCGAACAGGUUUGAACUUUCAUGGAUUGAAGUUAGAAAUCGAAACCAUUGAGUCUUAGGUGCAUGAUUCAAUGAGAACUGAUUUGAUCUAUGUGAACACUAAGAUAUGUUGUUUUUUUAAAUUAUCAAAUCUAUCGAUAAGUGCUCUGGUCAAAAUAAGAACCAACUGAAAAAAACAUUACAUUCAUUUUAAUUAUCAAAACUAUAUUGAAAUUUCCGAAGAUUGCCAAAUGACAUACUUGAUUUGCUAUUGUUUAUGGUGCUACAAAGCUGAGUAAAAUUAAGAAAUUCCAAUGAACUACGUAUAGUUUAUGUGAUAUAAACACAUUAAAUUAACUUCGAGAAUUGGAGGGAGACAUCGAAAGGGUGAAUAGCAUUUGGAAGUAACUGGAAAAGAGUGCCCAGCAUAGAGUUCGUUGGUGAACCCUCGUAUGGUAGCUUAUGUCCCACGAAGGGCAAUAGGUGUAAGUAAGUAAGCCUGUUACAUAAAUCAGUGCACAUAUUCGCCAACAAAACGUAGGUAAAUUAACUCGAGAAAACAAUAGUUCAAAUACAUAAAUGAAGAGUUGGCUUGAAGUAUUUCAACAAGAUAUUUUCGUCUUAGCGUGAUCAUAGGUAGUAAUUUUAUUAGAAUAUUUAGUACGUUGAACAAAAAAUUAAAUGUUUGCUACCAACUAGUAAAAGAUAUGACAGUAUUUUUGUUAUUCUCAUCACGUAGAUUGAAAAUGGACGUGAAUAAAUCAACAACAUUCUGCUUUCACUUGACUUUUCUGUAAUUAUAGUGGGAAUUACGGACAAAGGUUUGAUAUUAACUAAUGAAAUUGAGACAGAUGCUGGAAAAGGAAUCGUGAUAUGAAGAAUAGGACAUAAACUAUAUGAGUAAACAAUUAAUUUCAUAAAAUUUGUGACCUGUUCGUCUUAUUAUAAUUUUCGGUUCGUUCUCGAAUGGCGGUUUGAGAUUCAUUAAAGUGUGUCGAGCGUUUGCUUAUGAUCGGUCGUGAAUCAAACAGAGCAAAAAAGAAUCCGUUCAUAUGAUACUGAAUAAAGCAGAAGCGAGCAAUUUCAAGCCACAGAUAAUUUGCAAAGGAUGUUACUUGUUUUACGCUUUUAUGCCUCACAAACAGGUAAGGCAGAACGAAACUUCUAAAAUUGACAACUAACGUCAAAAUCUAAAACAAUUUUACAUAUCGUCUAAAUUAACCUGAGUAGUUAGUAAUGCAUUAUUACCUGGAUGAAUUUUUCAGAUGUUUCAGUGAACUGAUUAAAGACUGAGUAUUCAAGAAGAGUUUGAAACUGGAGUUAGAUUGGUGAUAAAAAAUUGAUCUGAGAAUUACGUCAGACAUAGAUGCGAGCUCUAUUGAAAGGUUUCAAUCCCCUUUUGUGUUCUGAGAAAUUGUAAGAAGGUCUAAGGGAAUAUAUUAAGAAUAAUUUAUCGCUAUUAUGUUUUAUAAUUGAGAGCAAAUUGAGGCAGUUCUCUGUUGGUUAAGAAACAGUAACCCCAAAGUAUGUGAUUAUUUGAUAAUAACAAAAUUCAAUUUACCUUACAAGGAGACAACUUUAAUUCAUAGUAAAUUAUAAAUUUCUACACGUGACCAUUCCGUUUUUAUAACAAGUGCGCUGUUAAAUACAUUUUAUUUAGCGCGGAAAAUGAAGAAAAAUAUCUAAAGACAAUCUUUCAAAAGAACGGUUACCCAAUCAACUUCAUCAAAAAACAUCAACCCAACGUAUCGGCAAAAACAAAAUCAAGUACAGAAACAAGAAACAGAUCAUCCUACGAUAUAUAAAAGACUUCAGAAAUUACAACAAGAUUAUUGAAGCCAAUUGGAAUAAAUGUACCACAAAUCAGUCAAUUCUCUGCAAAGCAAACGACAAAGUGAUAAAGAA